AUGUCAUCCUCCAUCGCGAUACCAAAGCGCAAGGGCAAAGGCCCUGCCCACGACCAUCGGAACUCGUCGUCUUCGUCGUCAUUCGCGGCUUCCACAGGGCCCUCGACGCCUAACAACUACAAUUACAACUUCACACCUUCGCCGAACCGCUUCUCGUACGGUAGCGGGGGUAGCCCGCGUAGUUAUGGUUCUUCCACGCCUUCGUCGUCGUCAUCAUUGCCAUCGGGCUCUUCUACACAGACCAGUGCAAGUAGCAUGCGUCGCAGAGAGUCUCUGAUGAGCGAAACGUUUUCCCGACAAGAACAUACCGUUGUCAAUGUCGGUGGGGAUGAAGAGGGUGAAGGGGGAUUGAGGCUGAUCACUUGUGUCAAGGCUAGUCAAGGAUUUGAUUGGAAUCAAGAGAUGUUCCUCCCUUCGUACAUCGAUUACCACUUCGACGACCUCGAACGCCGACAGGAUCCGGUGCAGGAUAUCAUUCUGACAGAUGAGGAGGUCAGGAAUAUGUUUCCUUCUGAUACUCGGCUAUAG